GACCCGCAGGCCCUAACGGCCCUCAUAGAAUCCAUCCUUCUCACCCACCAGCCCACGUGGGAUGAUUGCCAACAGCUAUUACAGGUCCUCCUAACUACGGAGGAAAAGCAGAGGGUCAUCCUGGAAGCCCGGAAGCACGUCCCGGGGGCAGAUGGGAGGCCGACCCAGCUGCCGAAUGAGAUUGAGGCUGCCUUCCCUCUCACUAGGCCUGCUUGGGACUUCAAUACAGCUGAAGGUAGGGGACACCUACGUCUUUAUCGCCAGGUGCUUGUAGCGGGCCUCCAAGGGGCAGGAAGGCGCCCCACCAAUUUGGCUAAGGUAAGAUCAGUAAUGCAGGGAACUGACGAGCCGCCCACUGUGUUCCUAGAAAGACUUAAAGAGGCAUAUCGGAGGUACACCCCCUUUGACCCCGAUAGCCCCGAUCAAGAAGGAGGUCGGGGCCAGGAACCCCCACCUGAGCCCAGGGUAACUCUUCAUGUUGGGGGACAGCCAGUCACCUUCAUAGUAGAUACUGGGGCGCAACAUUCCGUCCUUACCCAGACGACUGGCCCGCUUAGUAAGAAAACAAUAUGGGUAGAAGGAGCCACUGGAGCCAAACGUUACCACUGGACUAUAAGCCGGGAGGUUCAGCUUGCUUCAGGGACGGUGACUCAUACCUUCCUGCAUGUACCAGACUGUCCCUACCCCCUGCUAGGACGGGACCUACUAACCAAGCUUGGAGCACACAUCUACUUUGAAAAUAAGGGAGCCAAGGUUACUGAUUCCAAAGGGACACCCAUACAAGUGCUUACUCUUAAAUUAGAAGAUGAAUAUAGACUACAUCAUGGUCCCCAUCUUGUCCAGACAGACAUAGAUCAGUGGCUGUCCAAGUACCCUGACACUUGGGCAGAGACGGGAGGAAUGGGGCUGGCCAUACACCAGCCACCCCUAAUUGUUGAACUAAAAGCCACCGAGACCCCGGUGGCUGUCAAGCAAUAUCCUAUGACAGCCGAAGCCCGCCAAGGAAUUAGGCCACACAUUAAACGACUGCUGGAACAAGGGAUAUUAAUCCCAUGCUGGGCAGCCUGGAACACCCCUCUGUUGCCUGUUAAGAAACCUGGGAGCGGGGAUUACAGACCAGUGCAGGACCUGAGAGAAAUCAACAAGCGGGUAGAAGAUAUCCACCCCACGGUCCCAAACCCUUAUAACUUAUUGAGCACCCUGUCUCCCAGCCAUACCUGGUACUCUGUAUUGGACCUAAAAGAUGCCUUCUUCUGCCUAAAGCUGCACCACCAGAGUCAGCCCCUGUUCACCUUCGAAUGGAAGGACUCCGAUCUGGGAAUUUCCGGUCAGCUUACUUGGACACGGCUGCCACAGGGGUUCAAGAACAGCCCCACCCUCUUUGAUGAGGCCCUGCACCAAGAUCUGACUGCUUUCAGGACCCUCCACCCCCACCUGAUUCUGUUGCAGUAUGUAGAUGACAUUUUGCUGGCGGCAGAGACACGGGAAGAGUGCCUAACAGGUACAGAGGCUCUUUUGCAAGAAUUGGGGCUGAUGGGCUACAGGGCCUCUGCAAAGAAGGCACAACUCUGCCAACAAGAGGUAACCUAUUUGGGGUACCGAUUGAACGGAGGGCAGAGAUGGCUGACACAAGCCCGCCAGGAGACCAUCUUGGGCAUCCCGACACCCCAAGAGGCGUACCCGACGAAGACAGAAACUGCCAAAAUGGUGUCUAAGAAGUUAUUGGAAGACAUUUUUCCUCGAUUCGGGAUGCCUCAGACACACCUGCAAGCGUUGCAGCUGGCACACGAAGAAAUCUGGAAACCCCUGGCAGCAGCCUACCAAGAUGCUGUUAACACCCUUAUUGCCCCCCAUCCCUUCCAACCAGGUGACACUGUCUGGGUCUGGAGGCAUCAGGCUCGAAGCUUGGAGCCUCGCUGA